CUAGGAGUUGUCAGAUAUCAUCCGGACCUACUACAUCGCAAGUCUCCGAGGGGGUAAGCGGGUUGCAACAUGCAAACGGGCCUUUGAACUUCGAAGUAGCAUGACCUUGACUGAAAGAGGGACGCCAUAAACGGAGCUUCAUCAUCCUACUCUACGAACGUUCCUGACCGCGCCUGAGGGCAGCUGGAUAUAGCUCCUACAUGCCUACAUACUCACACACGGAUAUAUAAACACGAGUCUUGCGUCUCUAGGAAUCUCGAUACUCUGCUCCUCAUCUCGCAGAUCGCCUCAUCUACUCUGUUGACAAUCCUGUUCAAAUCAAAGACUUGAACCUGUUGGGCAUCCCUUCAGCAACAAUGAAGUUCUUCAUUACCAUGACGGCGGCGCUAGCCAGCCUUGCCUUGGCCGCUCCCGUCACCGAGUCCGACGCCGAAGUCGUCGAGCUUCCGCCACCACCCCCACCGCGAACCACGGAGACAGCAACGCCAACCCUUCUUCCGCUCCCACCGCCACCGCCGCCGACCACGACGGCAAGCGUUGCUCCUCCUCCUCCUCCUCCACCUCCAACUACUAAGACAACCUCAUCUCUGGCUCCUCCUCCGCCUCCGCCUCCUCCAACUACCAAGACGACGGCAAGCGUUGCUCCCCCUCCUCCACCACCACCACCAGGAACCACCAAGUCGCCGCGAGGCAUCCCUCCCCCUCCCCCACCGCGAACCACGAAGACAACGCCCACCUUCACCAUCACAGUGACCCAGCUACCUCCCACCACUACCAGCGCCCCAGGCAAGCCGCCCGUCCCUCCUCUAUCGUGCCCCACCGUGACCCUGACGACGCGGCCCUCGAACUGCCAGCCCAUCCGCUGCCCCAUUCCGGGCUGCACUUACGAGCAGGACAUGGUGAUCCCCUGCGGCUGCAACGUCCAGACCUUGCUGUGGGUAGACGGGUGCCAGACAGCCUGUCCCGCGGGCUGUGCCACGAGGACGUCGACGCUGAGCCAGCUCUGCGCCACGGCCACCGAAGGCUUGGCUCUGCCCACUGCUGUUUAAGGAGACUUGCGCGAAACGAGAGUUGGGAUAGCUAGAUAUAGGUAUUAUGGCCUGGUUAUGAUAAGCUCAAAGAAUAGGCAGUUAACUAGUUGAUUUCGAAUAUAUAUUGGAGGGUUUAAGCUUUGA